AUGGAUACUGAGUUUCCCGAAGUAAUUUACCAUUAUCCCGAGCUCCAUCGUUCUUCCCUUUCCCCCUGUCAAAACUAUUCAAUCGUUAAGAAGAACGUAAAUGCUAUGAAACUCAUUCAGCUGGGCCUCACGUUAUUCGAUCCACAAGGAAAUCUCCCCGACUUUGGGACUGAAUUCUGCUUCGUCUGGAAGUUCAAUUUCAUGGACUUUGGCAUGAAUGAAGAUCUCCAAAACUCAAAAUCCAUUGCUCUGUUUAAGUGCCAAGGCAUCGAUUUUUUCAUAAACAAGCUAAUAGGAAUAAGUUUCGCAGACUAUGAUUUCUUGUUUAUGGCUUCUUGGAUUUCGAUAGCAACAAGAUGGCUGGAAAGAAAUCGGACAUGGAUAACUUUUCAUAGCACGUAUGAUUUCGGAUUCUUGGUAAAAAUGUUAUCCCAACAGAAUUUGCCUCAUGAUCUAUCGCAAUUCAUGCAACUGGUAAGGAUGUAUUUUAGCAUGAAGGUGUUCGACAUAAAGUAG